GAUGAAGAGAACGAGGCAAACUUGCUAGCAGUCCUCACAGAAACACUGGACAGUCUCCCUGUGGAUGAAGACGGAUUGCCCUCAUUUGAUGCACUGACAGAUGGAGAUGUGACCACUGAGAAUGAGGCUAGUCCUUCCUCCAUGCCUGACGGCACCCCACCGCCUCAGGAGGCAGAAGAGCCGUCUCUACUUAAGAAGCUCUUACUGGCACCAGCCAACACUCAGCUAAGUUAUAAUGAAUGCAGUGGUCUCAGUACCCAGAACCAUGCAAACCAUAAUCACAGGAUCAGAACAAACCCUGCAGUUGUUAAGACCGAGAAUUCAUGGAGCAAUAAAGCGAAGAGCAUUUGUCAACAGCAAAAGCCACAAAGACGUCCAUGCUCGGAGCUUCUCAAGUAUCUGACCACAAAUGAUGAUCCUCCUCACACCAAACCCACAGAGAAUAGGAACAGUAGCAGAGACAAAUGCACCUCCAAAAAGAAGUCCCACACACAAUCGCAGUCUCAACAUUUACAAGCCAAACCAACAACUUUAUCUCUUCCUCUGACCCCAGAGUCACCAAAUGACCCCAAGGGUUCCCCAUUUGAGAACAAGACUAUUGAACGAACCUUAAGUGUGGAACUCUCUGGAACUGCAGGCCUAACUCCACCCACAACUCCUCCUCAUAAAGCCAACCAAGAUAAUCCUUUCAGGACUUCUCCAAAGCUGAAGUCCUCUUGCAAGACUGUGGUACCUCCGCCGUCGAAGAAGCCCCGGAGCAGUGAGCCUUCUGGCGCCCCAGGCAGUAACUCCGCCAAGAAAGGGCCCGAGCAGUCGGAGUUGUACGCACAACUCAGCAAGACCUCCGUGCUCACCAGUGGCCACGAGGAAAGGAAGACCAAGCGGCCCAGUCUGCGGCUGUUUGGUGACCAUGACUAUUGUCAGUCGAUUAAUUCCAAAACGGAAAUACUCAUUAAUAUAUCACAGGAGCUCCAAGACUCUAGACCACUAGAAUAUAAAGAUGCCUCCUCCGACUGGCAGGGGCAGAUUUGUUCUUCCACAGAUUCAGACCAGUGCUACCUGAGAGAGACUUCGGAGGCGGGCAAGCAGGUCUCUCCUUGCAGCACCAGGAAACAGCUCCAAGACCAGGAAAUCCGAGCUGAGCUGAACAAGCACUUCGGUCAUCCCAGUCAAGCUGUUUUUGACGACGAAGCAGACAAGACCAGUGAACUGAGGGACAGUGAUUUUAGUAAUGAACAAUUCUCCAAACUACCUAUGUUUAUAAAUUCAGGACUAGCCAUGGAUGGCCUCUUUGAUGACAGCGAAGAUGAAAGUGAUAAACUGAACUACCCUUGGGAUGGCACGCACACCUAUUCAUUGUUCGAUGUGUCGCCUUCUUGCUCUUCUUUUAACUCUCCAUGUAGAGAUUCUGUGUCACCACCCAAAUCCUUAUUUGCUCAAAGACCCCAAAGGAUGCGCUCUCGUUCAAGGUCCUUUUCUCGACACAGGUCGUGCUCCCGAUCACCAUAUUCCAGGUCAAGAUCAAGGUCCCCAGGCAGCAGAUCGUCUUCAAGAUCUUGCUACUAUUAUGAGUCGAGCCACUGCAGACACCGCGCGCACCGAAAUUCUCCUCUGUGUGCGAGAUCACGUUCCAGGUCACCCUACAGCCGUCGGCCCAGGUAUGACAGCUACGAGGAAUAUCAGCAUGAAAGGCUGAAGAGGGAAGAAUACCGCAAAGAGUAUGAGAAGCGGGAGUCUGAGAGGGCCAAACAAAGGGAGAGGCAGAGGCAGAAGGCAAUUGAAGAACGCCGUGUGAUUUAUGUUGGUAAAAUCAGACCCGACACGACACGGACGGAACUGAGGGACCGUUUUGAAGUUUUUGGUGAAAUUGAGGAGUGCACAGUAAAUCUGCGGGAUGAUGGAGACAGCUAUGGUUUCAUUACCUACCGUUAUACCUGUGAUGCUUUUGCUGCUCUUGAAAAUGGAUACACUUUGCGCAGGUCGAAUGAAACUGACUUCGAGCUGUACUUUUGUGGACGCAAGCAAUUUUUCAAGUCUAACUAUGCAGACCUAGAUUCAAACUCAGAUGACUUUGACCCUGCUUCCACCAAGAGCAAGUAUGACUCUCUGGAUUUCGAUAGUUUACUGAAAGAAGCUCAGAGAAGCUUGCGCAGGUAACAUGUUCCCUGGCUGAAGAUGACAGAGGGACGGUGAAUACCUCACGGGACAGCGCGUCCUUCCCUAACUGACUAUUACAAGUCAUACUUAGGAAUUUCUCCUACUUUACACUCUCUGUAUAAAAACAAAACAAAACAACAACAAUACAACAAGAACAACAACAAUGGUUUACAUGAACACAGCUGCUGAAGAGGCAAGAGACAGAAUGGAUAUCCAGUAAGCACAUGUUUAUUCAUGGGUGUCAGCUUUGCUUUCCCUGGAGUCUCUUGGUGAUGGAGUGUGCGUGUGCGUGUGUGUGCGCGUGUGUGCGUGUGUGUGUGUGCGUGCGCAUGCGCACGCCUGUUUUGGGGCAAGUAUGUAUGCACAGGUGGGGACUGGGGGCACCUGACCAGAGUGUGCCAGGGCAAACCACUUCAAAUGGCAGCAGUUCCAUGAAGACACACUUAAAACCUGGAACUUCAAAAUGUUCAUAUUCUAUUCAAAAAGAAAAAAAAAUGCAUAAAUUCAAAAGGAAAGAAAACCAACCAACCACAAGCCACCCUAAAAUGACAGCCACUGAUGUCUGGGCAUCAACCUCCGUACUCUGUUUUUUAAGAAAGUGCAAACUCGACUUGAAGCAAGCUUUCUCUCAUAACAUAAUGGUUAUAUGACAAUCCCGAAGAAACCACAGGUUCUGUAGAACUAAUAUCCUUUCUCUCUCUCUCUCUCUCUUUCUCCCUCUCUCCGUCUGUCCCCCUCCCAUCUCUUUAGCCCUCGCCUUUUCUCCUUCACUCUCUCUUCCUUUCUCUCUCUCUCUCUCUCUCUUUUUCUUCUUUUUUUCCUUUUGCCAUGGAGUCUGGGUGGGAGAGGAUACUGCGGGCACCGGAAUGCUAAACUUUCCUAACAUUUUGAAGUUUCUGUAGUUCAUCCUCUAUCCUGACACCCAUGUAAAUGUCCAAAAUGUUGAUCCUUCCACUGCAAAUUUCAAAAGCCUUGUCAAUGGUCAAGCGAGCAGCUCGUUCGGUGGUUCUUUCUGAGGAGCGGGCACGGUGUUACAUUACUAAUGAGAGUUGGGUAGAACUCUCUGGUAUGUGUUCAGAUAGUGUAAUUGCUACAUUCUCUGAUGUAGUGAAGUAUUUACAGAUGUUAAAUGGAGUAUUUUUAUUUUGUGUACAUACUAUACAACGAUGUUCUUUUUUGUUACAGCUAUGCACUGUAAAUGCAGCCUUCUUUUCAAAACUGCUAAAUUUUUCUUAAUCAAGAAUAUUCAAAUGUAAUUAUGAGGUGAUACAAUUAUUGUACACUAACAUAUUUAGAAGCUGAACUUACUGCUUAUAUAUAUUUGAUUGUAAAAACAAAAAAGACAGUGUGUGUGUCCGUCGAGUGCAGCAACAACAAAAUGAUGCUUUACGCACAUCCAUCCCUUCUUAGGUGAGCUUCAAUCCAAGCAUCUUGUCAAGAAAUAUCCUAGCCCCCUAAAGGUAUUAACCACUUAUGCGAUAUUUUUCCACAUUUUCUUGUUGCUUGUUUUUCUUUGAAGUUUUAUACACUGGAUUUGUUAGGGGAAUGAAAUUUUCUCAUCUAAAAUUUUUCUAGGAGAUAUCAUGAUUUUAUGUAAAGUCUCUCAAUGGGUAACCAUUAAGAAAUGUUUUUAUUUUCUCUAUCAACAGUAGUUUUGAAACUAGAGGUCAGAAAUCUUUUUAAAAUGCUGUUUCGUUUUAAUUUUUGUGAUUUUAAUUUGAUACAAAAUGCUGAGGUAAUAAUUACAGUAUGAUUUUUACAAUAAUUAAUGUGUGUCUGAAGACUAUUCUUGAAGCCAGUAUCUCUUUCCCUUGGCAGAGUAUGAUGAUGGUAUUUAUCUGUAUUUUUUACAGUUAUGCAUCCUGUAUAAAUACUGAUAAUUCAUUCCUUUGUUUACUAAAGAGACAUAUUUAUCAGUUGCAGAUAGCCUAUUUAUUAUAAAUUAUGAGAUGAUGAAAAUAAUAAAGCCAGUGGAAAUUUUCUACCUAGGAUGCAUGGCAAUUGUCAGGUUGGAGUUGAAAUGUUUCAUUUGGGAAAUUCAGCUUUUGCAGAAGCGGUGUUUCUACUUGCACUAGCUUGGCCUCUGACGUGACCAUGAUGUUGUUCUUGAUGACAUUGCUUCUGCUAAAUUCAAUAAAAACUUCAGAAAAACCUCCAUUUUGAGCAUCAGGAUUGCAUCUGAGUGCGGAGCCCUGCAAUGGAAGUCAGUAAAGUUUGGAGUGUGUAUUCAAGUUUCUAAAUUGAGAUUCGAUUACAGUUUGGCCGACAUGACUUUUCUGGAAGAUGUGCGAUACCUACUACUUAAUUGUUCUUUUCCUUUCUCUCGCCCAACACAAUCUUAUAAAAUGGAUUUCACCCCCAGGCCAAUGCAGCUAAUUUUGAUAGCUGCAUUCAUUUAUCACCAGCAUAUUGUGUUCUGAGUGAAUCCACUGUCUGUCCUGUCGGAUGCUUGCUUGAUUUUUUGGCUUCUUAUUUCUAAGUAGAUAGAAAGCAAUAAAAAAAAUAUGAAAUAAAAGAACUUGUUCACAGGUUCUGCGUUACGGCAGUAACAUAUCUUUAAUCCGCCUAAUUCUUGUUGUUCUGUAGGUUAAAUGCAGAUAUUUUAACUCUGUGUGAACGCCAAACUAAAGUUUACAGUCUUUCUUUUGGAAUUUUGAGUAUCUUCUGUUGUAGAAUAAUAAUAAUAAUAAAAGACUAUUAAGAGCAAUAAAUUAUUUUUAAGAAAUCAAUAUUUAGUAAAUCAUAUUAUGUGUUCAAGGACCAGAUGCGUUCUCUACUUUGCCUUUAAAUUUUUGUGAUCCAAUUUUAAAUACAUUCUCCUUUUUGCCCUGGAUUGUUGACAUGAGUAAAAUACUUGAUUUCUUUUCUUACUUAUCAAAAGACAACACUACAGAUUUCACGUUGAGGAUUAAUUUAUCCCCACUUUGGCCUGACAAAUAUUGUUACCAUGAAGAUAGUUUUCCUCCAUGGACUUCAAAUUGCAUCUAAAAUGAGUGCAAAGAGAGAAUCACUAACCCAACUGAGUAGAGCUUUUUGUAUCUUAUGCAGACCCUGUGGGUUGCCCAUCAAAACGUAAACUGUGUUCCUUUUAUUUUUAUUUUUAAUUUUUCUUUUGGAGAGAAUAUUUCAAAUGAACACAUGCACCCCAUCUUCACUGGAGGCAAAUUUCAGCAUAGAACUCUAGGAUUUUUAGAUGACUGCAGGCCAAUGCCUUCACGCUGUGGUAAGUACCACAUCUACAAUUUGGGUGACCGAACCGGUGCUUUAGAAAUGUGGGCUUUUUUUUUUUUUUUUAAAGAGAUGUAGCGGAAUAAUUCUUCCAGUGCAACAAAAUCAAUUUUUGCUAAAUGACUCUGAGAACAAGGCGGUUGGGCUGUCAACAUUCAAAGCAGCAGAGAAGGAACUUUGCACUAUUGGGGUAUGAUGGUUGGGUCAGUUGAAAAAAGGAAACCUUUUCAUGCCUUUAGAUGUGAGCUUACAGUAGGUAAUGAUUAUGUGUCCUUUUUUGAUGGCUGUAACGAGAACUUCAAUCACUGUAGUCUAAGACCUGAUCUAUAGAUGACCUAGAAUAGCCAUGUAAUAUAAUGUGAUGAUUCUAAAUUUGUACCUAUGUGACAGACAUUUUCAAUAAUGUGAACUGCUGAUUUGAUGGAGCUACUUUAAGAUUUGUAGGUGAAAGUGUAACACUGUUGGGUGAACUAUGCUGAAGAGGGAAAGUGAGCGAUUAGUUCAGCCCUUGCCGGGCUUUUUUUUUUUUUUCCACCUGCCAAUUCUACAUGUAUUGUUGUGGUUUUAUUCAUUGUAUGAAAAUUCCUGUGAUUUUUUUUUUAAAUGUGCAGUACACAUCAGCCUCACUGAGCUAAUAAAGGGAAACGAAUGUUUCAAAUCUA